AUGAAAAAAUCUUUGACAAAGUAUAGCCAGGUGAGUAAGCAGUCAGAAUCUGCUGAACUUGAGGAAUCAGAUGUAAUGACUAGCUCAUCUCUAGCAAUGAAUGCUCUUUACAGGCUUUCUGAUUCAGAUCUUCAACAGGCUCUAGAACUUAGUGAAGAGCUUAUCAGAGAUGGCUUGACUGACUAUCAGAGCUUCUGCAUAUGA